GAUAACAAGGGCCUUUAUAAGCUGAAUGGGAUGAGACGUCGCUCUGCAGACCCCUGAUUCUCAGAAAGAUAAAGAUGCAUCUAAAAGUUGUGAUCUUCACCUUGUCUUUCUUGACAACUUUAGCAUACCCAAUACACAAUGACUCCAGGGAGGAGACCUGGGCCGACUCAAUGGCCAACCAGGCUCAUGACAAGACAGACCUCAUAAAAGAUUUGAACAAUAGCUACAAGAGUAACAUAGACAGUAGCGGCCUUUACGACCACGAAGACGACAGCAGCAAAAACCCUGUGGCGGAGGAGAUGCAGCGCAAACUCAACAUGGAGUCGGAGCGUCUGCGUAUCCGUCUGCGCCAGGAGCUGGCUGAGCUGCGGGAGAGGCUGUCCCCGUCCCCAGCCCAUCUCAGCUCCACCCUGGCCAGCAUGAGGGAGCGCCUGACCCCCCUCACCCAGCAGCUCCAGAGCUCUCUCAGCAGCAACACCCAGGAUCUGUGCAGCCAGCUCAGCCUCUACCUGCAGGGCCUGGAGGUAGCAGCAGAGGCUCAGGAGGACAGUCCAACCCUCUACCAAGAAGCCUACCUCUGGAUGAGUCAAACUCUGGAGCAAAGCAGCUUUAAGCUAGCCAACAUAAUCAACGACUUCCACAGCGCAGUCAAUGGAGUGAUUGAACACAUGAAGCACGCAAGUUCUUCUGAGGAAGAGGUAGCCACGUCGAAGGUCUGUCAGGAAAUGAGCUCCAGAUUGGGACAGGAAGUGAGCUCGCUGAGGGAGGAGGUGCAGAGCAGGGUGGGGGCUCUCAAGACACAGCUCUCUGUUCUACUUGCAUCUUCGCAGCCUCAUAAAGCUGACAUGACAGGCAGUGUGGAGCAGUUCUGCCAAAAUGCGGCCCUGCAGAGUCAAGCGCUUCAGGCCCAGAUGGAGGGCGUGUUCAAGGGCCUGGAAGAGGAGUUGGAGCUCCACCGAGCCUCCGGCUUCUCUCUGUCUUCUUCCUUACUCACGCAGCCAGACGGUUCCUUGCAGGAGGAAUUCUCAGUCAAACUCUCGGCCCUCAUUCAGGACAUCCUCCACUCACUCCAGUGACCCAAACACAGUCAUUUUGUUUUUUUACCUGUAUCCUCUAGCACCAGCACAGAGAGUAACCUGUAAAUAUUUUUGAAUGUACAAAAUUAGAUUGAUAUAUUUGUUUGAUUCUAUAUGUAAAUGAGCGAGUUAACUGUCAAUAUGUGUUCACUGUACCAUGUACAAAGCCAUUACGUUCUGCUUCUGAAGAGUAAAGUUCUUUUGUUCAGAA